GAUAUGGUACAAGAUAUAAAGAAGAAAAAGAAGAAGGAAUCAACAUUUGAUAGGAAGAGAAAGUUUGUUGAAGAAGUUGUUGACGAUGAGGAUCAGGUUGAUGACGUAGAGGUACAGACAAAGAGUAUCAAGUUGGAUCCAGUCGAUCAAAUUCAACAAUUGGAGAAGGAUGUAUUGCAAUCAUUAGAGAAUACAAACAAGAUUGUUGAUAUCAUAUCAAUAUGUAAUGAUGUAUGUGAGGCCAAUGAAGAGAGCUUGGAAGUAGUAUUCCAAACUAUAAAGUCAUUGGAGAGGAUAUUCACACAGAGACUCGAUGCUUCAAAUGAGACACUAUGUCUGGCAUUCCAACAACAACAACAACAACAGCAACAACAACAACAACAACAAAAGAAGGUCUAUGCUCAAUGGCUCUUUUCAAUAUAUCAAUCAUACUUGAAGCUGCUCAGACGUUUGAUUAGACAUCACGAUGCAUCCAUUCAGGUGCCAACACUAAACAGUCUGUUUGCAAUGUUGGCCGUCGAGUCAAAGAUGCUUGGAACAUGUCGUGCCAAGGCCAGUCGCGAGUCCGACCCAACCACCGCAGACUCUGUCAGCACAAACUACUACACAGAGUUGAACGAUCGCUUCAUCAAGCUCAACAUACUGGAGCCACUGCUGAUCAACGCCCAUCUGAACACCCUGCUCACAGACCACCUCCAACAGCGAUACCUUACAACAUACCACGACGUUCAACAUGAGAUCAUGUCCACCCUGCACGGCAUGAUCCGCGCGAUGCUCGAGCGUGGCGUCGACAAGUCCAUUCUGGAGCACUACGAGAAUCAGGGCGAUGCAGCCAUCACAGUGAGACGCUUUGUCGAGAACGUCUUUGAUAUGUUAGUUCUAUUCGAGGUGAUGGAGGAAGUGCCAGACGCAUGGAAAUUCCUCGUUGGUGAGCCAGUGGCAUCGAUGAUUCACGACGUCAAGACCCUAAGAAAGAAGAACAAGCAACAAAAGGAUGUAAAGACACCCGACACCAAAGAGUACAAACAGAUGAGCGUCUACUGGGUGAAGCUCACUACCAACGCCACCUACAAAGGUUGCUUUGGUAGGCUUUGGGUAGAGUUCCUCUCACUCCCAUUGCCAGAUUCAAUCUACAAGCAUGUAUUACUUGGACUUCCAGAUCAGGUGAUGCCACAUCUCCUGGAUCCAAGAAUAUUGAUGGACUUCUUCUCAAAGUCAUUCGACCUUGGUGGCAUUAGUAGUAUAUUAUCAUUGAAUGGACUGUUCAUCCUGAUACAUAAGUAUAACCUUGAGUUCCCAGACUUUUACAAGAGAUUGUACUCUCUAUUCCAACCUGGUAUCAUCUAUGCCAAGUAUAGAGUUAGAUUCUUCAAGUUGGCAGAGCUGUUCUUGAGCUCCACUCACUUGCCAAACUACUUGGUGGCAGCAUUCCUCAAGAGAUCUGCCUAUCUAUGUAUGGUCACUCCACCCUUUGGUAGUCUGAUCAUUCUACCACUGAUCUUUUCUCUGUUGCAACGUCAUCCAAACUGUCACUCCCUAAUCAAUAGACCAGUGAACACUGCUGUCAAUCCAAAGAGUCAAUCAGAGCAACAAAAGGUCAAGAAGUCCUAUGGUGAGGACUUGUACCUGCCAUUCGAGGAGGACCCUGCCAAGUGCAAUGCUGUAAAGAGCUCACUGUGGGAGAUUGAGGUACUGCGCAAUCACUAUCAUCCGGACGUCAGAAAGAUGGCCACACUGUUUGACGGUGGUCUCAAGGGUGUGCUCAACUGUGACGAGUACACUGCCUACACCUAUCAGAUGAUGUUUGAGAUGGCCACCAAGAAGAAACCAUCCGCCACCGUUCCAAUGGAGUACCAGCCCGUCCAACAACUUAUCAUGCCCUUCCGUGAUGGCUUUGACCAACUCUGGAAGUUCUAA